AUGUAUGCUGCGGGCUUGCUCCUCUGCCUUGUAGCGGGCGCUGCGUCGUCUUGUGUUCGCAGGGGCGCCUUCAGCAACCUUGUUACUUUCGGCGACAGCUACACAGACAACGGACGCCUGGGAUAUUACAUCAACAACCAGGGCAACGCUCCGCCGCCCGGCGUCUUGCCUGCAGCGUCAAACAAGACCGCGAGCGGAGGGCUGGCCUGGGGCGAUUUCGUUGCGAAGCUGACUGGCGCCAAAUACUACGACUAUGCCAUCAGCGGUGCGACUUGCUCCAACAAGAUUGUCUCGAGAUACUUUGGCGCCAUCAAGAAGCCCUUUCCUUCGGUCAUGGACGACGAGAUCCCCUCCUUCAAGGCAGACGUGGGUGUCGAGGCUCUCUACGGCAACCGUACGGCCGAAAACACCGUCUAUGCCAUGUGGAUAGGCACGAACGACCUGGGAUACACGGGUUUCCUGAGUGACUCUCAGGCCCCGGGAACGGACAUCACAAGCUUUGUUGAAUGCGUGUGGCAAGUGUUUGAUAAUAUAUAUCAGACCGGUGGCCGGCGGUUCGUGCUCCUGAACGAAGCGCCUCUUCAAUUGGCACCCGAGUAUGCGUCGCAGGCCAAGGGAGGCGCCGGUGAUAACCAGUACUGGCAGAACAAGACGUUGUACAACGAGACCGAGUACGAGCAGAAGAUCCUCCAGUACACGACGAAUGUCAAUACCAUGUUUGACUAUGGCGCACCAUUCAACCUGUUGGUCAAGAAAAGAUGGCCGGGAGCGAGUUUCGCCGUCUUUGACGUGCAUCGUCUGUUCGCCGACAUCCACGCCAACCCCGGAGCGUACCUUGACGCACCUGCGGAUGCCACGGGCUUUUUCCAUGCCUGCGUGCCGACCAACAAUUCGAAUUGCGUUGACUCGAAGAACCCGGCUUCUAGCUUCUUGUGGUAUGACGAGCUGCAUCCCUCUGAAAAAGCAGACAGCAUCAUCGCCAAACAUUUCAUCGAUGUUGUUGCAGGCAACUCGACGUACGGCACCACCUACACAUCCAAGAAGCGUGGAUAG